CUGUCAAAUACUUGUCAACCUAUUAAACCAAAUAAUAUUAUUUAACAUUUUGUUAAAACGUAAAUAAAAUUAACAAUGCCUCUUCCUCCAGCGAGUGGAACCGGUAAAUAUUUUGCAAGAGCUGCAAAAUCCAUUCGAUUAAUACGUCAAGGUUGUACUAAUAGACCAUUUUUUCAUAUAUCUGUUACCCACCGUAGAAGGCUAAACAGCCAACCAGUGAUAGAACAACUUGGUUCAUAUGACCCAAUGCCUAACUUUAAUAAUGAAAAGCUGGUUGCCCUUAACCUGGAGAGAAUGAAGUUCUGGCUGGGCCAGGGAGCUCAUGUUACAACCCCUGUAGCUGAAUUACUUGGUCUUUCUGGUUUCUUCCCGAUCCAUCCCCGCUCCUACAUGACCGCUUGGAGAAAUAGAAGAACAGAAAAAGAGAAUUUAGAGAAACAGAAAGAAGCAGAAGCCGCAGAAGCGGCUAAAGCUGAAUAAUUUUAUUUAUAAGUUAUCAAAUAUUUGUAUAAUUAAAAGCUUAGUUUUAGA